AAUAUUUUUUAGCUUGCGACACAUCCUGAACAGUGGCCUGCUUGAAUUAAGGAAAUUACGAAGUCUUUCGUUGAAAUUUCGCGUUUUCAAAGUAGCGCAGAUCAGCUGGGCGGACAAAAGGAGGGAAGUGGAGGAAAAAGCGCAACGUGCCACGCGUUUGUUUGGUUGAGUGCUCUCGAUAAUUUCGUGAAUGCUCGGGCUCGUGUGAAAUCGGGAUAGUGACACACGGCUAUAGACAUUUUCUCAUGCCUUUGAGUUGACCACGCUUCUCUUCGGGUGACAAUACUGCAGCUGCAUUUGUCUUGUAGAAAUCAUUUGUAUUUAGACAUGGUGAAGCAAACCAAGGCCAAAACUUUCCAAGCCUAUUUGGAUUCCUGUCAUCGGCGUUACAGCUGUGUCCACUGCCGUGCACACCUGGCCAACCAUGAUGACCUCAUUUCUAAGUCCUUUCAGGGGAGUCAGGGACGUGCAUAUCUGUUCAAUUCUGUGGUUAAUGUAGGCUGUGGGCCAGCAGAAGAAAGGUUGCUGCUGACAGGGCUUCAUGCUGUGGCUGAUAUUUACUGUGAGAAUUGCCACACCACGCUGGGAUGGAAAUAUGAGCAGGCAUUUGAGUUAAGUCAAAAGUAUAAAGAGGGGAAGUUUAUAAUUGAAUUGUCGCACAUGAUUAAGGAUAAUGGAUGGGACUGAAGCGCGCAACCUUUACUUUCAAUUACAGUCAACUGCUUGCAGCUUCAUAUAUAUAUAUAUAGCGAGCACCUUUUUCACACGGAUUUCCCAAUGCACCAAGUUUUAAAGGGUAUGGGGAGCUUGGGGUGCCUGGUGUGUGUUUGUGUGUCGUAUGUGUUUUUUUUUUAGGUUUCCUUUACUUGGGCUUGUUUAAGAAAACUGCUUGAAUUAUCAGCCAUUUAAAUCCUGUUUCAAAGAAUUCGUUUGAGAGUUUGUUGGGAUUCGGACAUAAGCCCUAAAUUUCCCCUUUGAAGUGCAAUUUACAAGGUUUGGAUUAAAUAUGAUCAUAAUUAUAGUCCAAAACAAAAAACAACAACAACAACAAAAACGAGGUCUUUGUAAACAAGGUAGUGUGGGUGCACAAUUUUGAGUGAAAUUGUUUUACUGUUAUGUGUAAAUGGGGUAUGCGUAUUAUGUUUGAAAACUUUGCUUAAAGAGGAAUAUGUGCAAUAUGUUUGUGUGUUUGUGUGUGUGUGUGUGUGAGUGAGAGUGAGAGAGAGAGAGAGAGAGAGAGAGAGAGAUUUCACAGAAAGGGUGAUUAUUCAUGCCUCCAAAUUAUGUCAGUUUGGUUGAAUUCAUCUUUGAAUUUACAGUUAAUGAGAAAGCCCAACAGAUGUGCUCUUGUUGCGUGGAUGUGUGCGUGGAUGAGAAGUAAACUGCAGGCUGUAGAGAAGGUCCACAGUUGACUGACAUUGACACUUUAAAUACAGCUUAUAAACCCAUUUAAGAUGUAAUUGUGACAUUCAUUUUUGUGUUUUCUUUCUUUUCCAUUUUGUCCAUGAGAAAUGUUGUAAAUAUAAUCCAACAUUGAGCCGCAUGUAAAGAGACAUUUGUCUGAUCAUGUUAGAGCAGAUAUGUGAUCAUAAUGUGUUUAUGAUUAUGUAGCAAAAUAUUUCUUUUAAUGCUAAACCAUUAAAGUGUAUUACAUUAACCUGAAUUCUUUACAUUAAAGUAUGGGGUAAAUAAAAAGCAA